AUGCGCGGUCAAGCAGCUUGCAGGGAUGAGUGGGAGGAUGUUCAUAGGACGCCAGGCCCCCGCGCGGUGGGCCGGUAUUGCGUUUCCCAAAAGGAGGGACAAACGGCCAUUUUUGGGGCGUCCAUGCUCGUGGUACUGCAUUUCCAUAUUCCUCGAGACCUGAUGACCUUUUUGCCCCCCUCCCAACAAAGUCAGGCCGGAAUUUGA